AUGGGCUCGCCUGCAAGCAAUGGCAGCGCGCAGCUCCUCCUCCGCCUCAUCUUUUUCUUUGCUUGGUUGCACCUCUCUGGAGCGCAAUCUCCCGAUGCCUAUCCUCCCGCUACAGCCCCAGAUGCCUCUCCUACCCCUUCUUCCGAUCCGGCUCCUUCCACCAGUCCCGCUCCUUCCGAUCCCGGUUCCUUCAGUCCCCCUCCUGCGCCUUCCUGUUCACCAGCUCCAGUCGAAGAUACCUCUCCUCUCGCUCCCGUUCCAGCCGCAGUAGCCUCACCCUUCUCGUUCAGCUUCGACUUCUCCAACGCCUCCAGCUACCGCAUAGAAGACCUCAAAUUAGAGGGCAACGCGGCCGUGCACGACAACCUGGUCGACGUCACCUGCAACUCGUUCGGAGAGAGCCCCACGCACUGCACGGGACGCGUGUCGUACGCGCACCCGGUGCCGUUCUACGACAGCGCCACCGGCGAGGUGGCCAGCUUCCAAACGCGCUUCACCUUCGCCAUCAUGUUGGAGUUGGAAAACAAUAGCAAGACCGUCAAGGGUGAUGGCAUGGCUUUCUUCCUCGCCUAUUACCCAUCAGCCAUGCCGCCGCACUCAGGCGGGGGAAACCUUGGCCUGCUGCCCUCUGGCGACGACGGCAAGAGCCUGACCGCCUUCGGAAACGACCGGUUCGUCGCCGUGGAGUUCGACACGUUCAACAACUCCUGGGACCCCGACAACACGGUGGACCACAUCGGCAUCGACAUCAGCUCCAUGAGUUCGGUGAAGACGACAAACUUGACCAGCUUUAGCCUCAACGGCUCCAUGACGGCCACCAUCACCUUCGACAACACCACCAGGAUGCUGGUCGCCGACCUGCAGUUUCAUGGCAAUAAUACUUCUCGCCCCGUCCAGGUCAGCGCGCAAUUACCCGAUCCGGUCAGCACCUUGCUCCCGCCUCAGGUGGCAGUGGGGUUUUCCGCAGCCACAGGCAAUGAAAUGGAGCUGCAUCAAAUACUGUCAUGGUCCUUCGACUCCUCACUUGCUCCGCCCCGCAAAGGUCAUGACAUGAAGGCAGCGCUUAUUGGAGGGUCAAUUGGAGGAGCCGUAGCUUUGGUGGUUAUGGUGUGGUGUGUCCUCUCAUGUUUCAAGUGGAGAAAGACCAGUACAAGCCAUGACUUUGUAACACGAACUGGCGGACCCAGACAGUUUGAGUACCGUGAUCUGGCUGUUGCAACAGACAACUUCUCCGGGGAGAGGAUUAUUGGGCGAGGUGCCUUUGGAGUAGUUUACAGAGGCACCCUGAUCACUAGGGGGUCAUCAUCAGGUGUGCCCUCUAGAGAAUCAU